AUGCCCUAUCAGUUCUGUUCGAAAAAAGGAAGAUUGUUGGCCUUGCUAGCCUGCAUCCACCACAUCAUUUACUUGAUUGAAGGAGUUUCAAUUUACGAUCCUAUCCCUUGCCUAGAGUCUAACAUCCCACCCACACUAGACUGGAAGACUAUUAAUGAGAGCAUCAAAAAGCUCGGCCCGGGUGAAGAACUAACCGUCAUCGAUCACCAACACGGUACAUCUUUUGGUUACAUUCCUGGUUCAGAGGCCGGUUACGAUCAAUACGUGGUCUUGCCAACUACGCGGCUUGCUAAACAUCAAUUCAAGGUUGCAAUUGAUGAUAAAUCGCAGGGUGCGAAGCCCACUCCAACUUAUAGGUUGCUUGGACAGGAGUUAAAAUUGGGCCAUCUGGUUCUAAAAAAACAAGAUGGCUUAAAAAACUCUCUGGACCUGGCUCAAACCUCACACCCGGAGGCAUACUCGAAUCUAGCUCCGAAACCUCCUCAGACGCUAUCGACGGCGUCCACAGCUGCUCAAACAACUUUGCGGGCAGAUGCUAGUCCAUUCAUACCUUGUAAGUUGAAGUUGAAAGGGCAAGCAAAAGCACUAUCAGUGAAGAAUACCUAUAAAGAAUCUGCUGCUAGCGCCAUCAAGCCUCACGAAGAUCCCACCAGACACCCAGCAGCCACUCUUGCAAAGGCAUGGCCUGAUUGUGCGCUUUCAGAUGGAGUCUCCAACGCCAUCGAUGAGAAACUUCCUACACAUCCCUUAAUGGGGGCAGAUGAGAAUGGAGAGAGGCGUCAGGAAUUUCUCCAAAAGACCUGUGUUGCGUCUUCAAUGAAGCUUCAUUCGAGCCAGCCAAGAUUUCGAUACCGUCCCAAUCGAAAUUCACUGAGGAGAAAGUUCAACGCGAGGGAGCCGAUUUUUCGAAUCUUAGGGGCAAGUAGGGAUGGACCCUAUCAAGCUGAAUCUAAACACACCACUGAUUCAGGCUCAGCCUUGGGUGAAGGGAAAAAUGCUGUGAGAGGAAAAGAGAAGCAAGAAAUAUCAGAAUAUCUGCGGGAUUAUAAUUCCCCCAAAUCUUGCUCCAAUCGACAGCAGAAGAGUGACGAUGAUGUUAGAAAUUCAAAUGGGUGGACUUCUGAAGGAAAUGAAACAAAUUUCUUGCCGGCCCAGGUACGCAAGAUUGAGCGGGCCAAUCAAAAACCCGGUCCAGAAGAUUCAAAGAGUCUAGCCACACUCAACCAGCCAGAAGCUCCGCAAACCAAUGCUAGCCUCAAGGAGCAUGGAGUGGCCACUAUUGUAUCUGGUUUGGAUUACAAAAGUGCACUUUUGAAAAAACCAAACAACACUAGCAAGGAAAAUCUAAAGCAAAGAAUAUCAAGCCCUGUUGUGAAUUGCAGUUCGCUAGGAGCUUCAAAUCAUGAACAGAAAAAGAGUACCAAUAGUAAAAUUCAAGAUGUACCAGUUUCUGAAGUUGAUCAAACAAUCCCGACUUUGAAAGUUAAAAGUGAGAUUAAUGUUGUCUUCCCAGCCCAGACAGAAAUGAUUGAUCUCAUCAAUCAAAAAGACCUCCCAGAAAAUUCAAAGCAGCAAGCUACACUCAACAAGUCCAGCGCUUUGAAAACCAAUCAGAAUAAAGUUUUAGCCUUUCACAACCCAGAAUUUAAUGAGAUUCAAGAAUCUGGUAAUGAUCUUAUUUCAGCUGAGAAAAAUGUUUCCAAGGAAGAAGGGAAGCAGGAAGGCAUGAUAUCCAACCAUGCUCAAGAUUAUGAUUCUCAAAAGGCCUCCAUGCAUGAUAAGAAUAAGCUGUCUGCCAGCAAAAGUUCAAAUGAACCAGUGUCAGAUGGUAAUCAAACAAUCUCAGCUUCUGAGUUUCAAACAGGGGCUCAUAGUGCAGGGGAUAUUGAGAGCACCACCAAUACAUCUGGUAUCAGUUACAAGAGUGUGCUGUUGAAAAAAAUUUCAAUUUCUGAUAUCAGCCAGAAAAAGACCAACUUGGAAAAAAAGAUUGAAAAAGCAAACCCAUACCCAAAAAUGUUCAAGCCAGAUAACCACAACAUCAACCAGGAGACAAGUGCUAUAAAUGAUACACCAAAAAUUAUGGACCCAAUCCCAAAGAGUUCCAACCAGAAAGAUCCAGACACUACUAACAAUACUGUCAUUGAAACUUAUACUGAGAACCAAAGCCCUAGUCUCAAAACAAUGGCAAAGGCGGAAGGGAUAAUCUUCCAACCAGGUUACUCCAAGUCCAGAGAUACCCAGGACCAUACUACAUGGAAUGAAAGUCACAAUUUUUCAAAAGUGAAUAUCAAUGCAAAGAAGAUAAUUAUUAAUGAAGAAACCCAAGAUUUUCCAAAGGUAAAUUCGGGACCUUUUCUGGAUGAGGAGUCAGUUGAAGUUCCAUCAAUUGAAGAGGUAUUAGAUCUUAAAAGUCUCAUAUCUGAAAAUCAAGAGGACCUAGAAGGCCCUAUUCCUGAAAAACCAGAGAGCCAAGAAAAAUCUAUGAAUGAGAAGCAAGAGGGCCAGUCUCAAGAUAUUGAUCCUUCUAAUUGCGCCCCCCAAAAACAAAAAGUGUAA